CUUCAGACAUAUCUUGAACCUUUUUAUUGCAUUAAGCAUGACAAAGCUCGAGUUUCAGAGGCUGAAGGCGAGUCUUGUCGAUCAACGUGGAACAAGUGUGUUUCUUCCUUUGAAUAAAUGAGGGAUCUCUCCAAUCCCAGCCUUGCUCUGUUCCACGUGUCCCGUUUCCAGGCAAUUGUAUUCAAAGGAAACAGAUGACACGGUUUGUCAUGUCUGUAUUUAUUUGUCAAUUACACGUACAAGUCAGUGAAGGCUAACUUUGAUACUUUGUUCCCAAUUUUGGACCAUCUCUUGAGUAAUGGGUGUUUGCCGGAAGGUCGUGAUCUUAUUUUUGAUCCCUGUUGUUUUGAGCUUCUGCACGAUAUACUUCGAAGCUCAAGUGAAUAAUGGGCUGAAAACUUUCCCUUCGUUGGUAAGACAAGCAGUGAAAGAUUUUCAAAUCCGAGGGAAAAAGUAUCUGAAAGAUCUUUUAAAUGAACCGGAAGGACCUUCAAACGAUCAAGAUAAACCAUUGCCCAAACCCAGUGGCCCUAAAAAGACCCCAAGUCAAGGGUGUUGUUCAAGAUUGAAGAUUGAGGGUACAAACAGCGAUGACAAAUUCUAUCAAAAUAUAAUGGGCGAGUAUUAUAUAAAAAAGGACCUGCCUUUCAUUAAAUACGAGAAGAUUGGAAAACUGAGUGGCUCCUAUCCGGUGUACGAGCACGUGUUCCCCAACUUUGUGCCCACGGAAGAGAUUCCGGAACCCAAAAAAUCCUAUUUAUACUACUACUUCAACGAUCACCCCCAAAUCCAAGAGAGUGUCUGUCCUGAAUUGGGUUGCUGGAUCAUAAGCAUGUAUGAUCCGACUCCGGGUAAUUAUUGGUUCGGAAAGAAAUGGUACUACAUCUUGAGCAAUCCUGUGCCCAAAUGCCCUGAUAACUUGACAGCUAAAGGCAGCAAUGUGUUCAGAGACACCAAUGACAAGGUCGAGAACAAUAUGAGGCUAACUUGCUUGAAAUAAACAUCA